UUUAAGUGGUGUAGCAUGGUAGUGAUUGCGGCGAAGGAUCCGAUGCCUAUAAAUAUGUGGCAGUACCUUCAGGAUAGCCACAGGUGAGCUAUCGAACCCCAUUUGCUACCAUGUAUAAGUUCGUUUUCACUGCUGUGCUUUUGGCUCUUGUCGGUGUCUCCAUCGGAACACCUCUGCAUCCCAUGCUGAAACGUCACGUACCACUGAAUGGAAACGAAGUUGGCUACCACGUGUCGAUCCAGGUCAAUGACUGGUGGAACGACAUUCCGAGGCACAGCUGCAGUGGAACACUCCUGAACGCCAACUGGGUCCUCACCACUGCCAAAUGCGUACAUCAGGCUUUCGACAAUCUGCCAGCCUACCAUGAAGUGACAAUUCAGGGUGGCGAUCCAAAUCUUCAGGGCUACUACACAUCCCACCCAGAACUUACAGUGGUGCACGACGAGUCUGACAUUGGCCUCAUCAAAGUGAUGCAGCCAAUGAGAGAGACUUACUGCUGUGCAUUUGCGGACCUACCAACUGGCCCUCUCAAAUCGGGCGACGUUGUCAAAGGAGUGCUUACGGGUCAGAGUGCUGCAGACGAGUGGAAGCUAGAACUUGCCUCGGAUAUUUCUUUUGAAGCCAUUGAUACGACUAACUGUGGGGACUUGUCCGACGUCGCACCUCACAGUUUGUGCUCAAUUGUACCAGUAAAUUCCGAAGCAUCUUCAAAGCUCCGUGCAUUGGUCGAGCCAAAUUCAUCCGAAGUCCCUGAGGAUCCUAGCACACCCAACUUUCCAACGGAACCAACAGCAUCUGAAGCCCCUGUCGAGCCCACCACAUCGGACGUGCCGACGGAGGCAACCACAUCUGAAGCUCCUGUAGAGCCUAGCACAUCCGAAGUUCCGGCUAACCAAACUACAUCUGAAGGCCCUGUGUCUACAAGCACAUCGGGCGUGCCGACAAAGCCAACUACAACAGUUGCACCCCCUUCCCCUACCUGUUUUGCUGACGUGGGAGGCCCUCUCGUGCAAGACGGCGUAGUAGUUGGCCUGCUUUCACGUGGAUCCGGUUGCGUUGGUGGAUCCACUUUCACCGUGCUCACUGACGUUAGCGCCUUUACUAACUGGAUCCAAGAUACCAUCCAGAAAUACGGAGAGUGGUAACAACUGAUGAUGUUAAAUAAAGUAUGUUUCAAUUGAGUAAA